UCCAAGCAGAGGCAGUUGUGGUGCUGUUGUUGGUGCUGUGGGCCGGCGGCUGCUGCAGCAGGCACGGGCAUCGCAGUGGUGCAGUGCUGCUGUUCUGUCGCGAAGCCUCUCGAGCAGCAGGUUGUGCUGCGACAAGAACAGACUGGCUGCACGAGCUAGUGGCUUUGAAGACACUGUGUGGGUGGAAUUCGCGCCACUGGCCCAGAAGCAUGGCGCCGUCAACCUUUCUCAGGGCUUGCCAUCGAUUCCAGUCGCACCCUUUUAUUCUGUCUUGCAUGCAAACGGCUGCUGAGCCAGGCAUGCAUCACCAGUACACACGCGUUGGCGGUCAUCCGCGGCUUGUGAACGCGCUUGCGCGGCAUUACUAGCCCGAGUAGACCUUCGUCUUGUCACCCUUCCUCCUCACCUUCACCGUCGUGUCAGGAUGAGCAAUUGGACCGGAUCGCCUCAUCCAGCCAAUGCAGCGCACGCAACAAGGUACACGCCGUUCUGCGUGACGACGCCCGCCUCCGUCCUCGGGAGCCCCCCCUCCUCCCUCUUCAGCGCCGCCCCCGUUGACAGGGUCGACCGCGCUGCAGCCACCACUAACAAGGCCUUCCGCCACCUACCCCUGCAGUGCAUCCUCGUCCUCUUGAGGUACUGUGUAGUGGCCAAGGAGAACUACACGAUGCGCACCACCGCGCACUGCAUGCAGGCGUGCCGCAAGCUCGACGAGCUCAUCGCCCUGUCCCUGGCCAGGAUGUUGGGGCACACGAACCCGCUUAAGGAUGAGUCGCUUCAACGCUGCCUGCGGCCCUAUCAACGUGGCGGGCCCUUCCUCCGAUCCCAGGAGUCGGCUGCCCCCGCCGCCUUUCUCGGCGCCAUACGCGACUUCUUCAACAGCACGCGACACCCCUUUGAGCGCGGCCUCCCCAGCAACGCGCUCAGGACCGAGAUGUCGACGGCACUGACGCGGCUCGCGUGCACGACACGCGACAAGGAACAGGGCGGCGUCACCACGAUUGACGAGGUCCUCAAAGCCGGGAGAAAGCUUCAGCGCACCCUGACCAGGAUCCUGGAUGAACGCACCCCCUACAGCCACAAGCGCACCGUCCGCGCCUUCCAGCUCAGCGCAGGCGGCCCCGGGUCCUUCCACUGGCUCACCGUGAUGCCCAGCUGCCCAGAACUCACCCUCAACGAUGCACAAUUCCGGACUUCCCUCAGUGCGCGUAUCCGAGUUCCAGCGGCCGGGUACCACCCUCGCGCCUCGUGCAGGGCAUGUCACAAGCCAACGGAGAGCGCGUUCCACCAGGAAAGCUGCCAAUCUAUCCGCAAAAGGCGACACGAUCGUCUUAACGGCGACAUCGCCGCAUUCCUCUGCAGCAGCGGCCUCUCGGCCGUAUGCGAGAAGGGAGGCUAUGUGGACGGCGGACAACAACGCCACGGGCCGCCUGGGCGAGUUCUUUGUUCGCUUCAUCAAACGCGUCGUCUACAACGCCGACCUUCCAGUACACGUACACAACCACGCAACACCCAGCUACGCCCUCCAACGCCUUCCAGAAGCGCAGCCACGAAGCCACCAUGACGUGUCGCUACGGCAAGGACGGCGGGGCCGGCGCGGAGUCCAGACGCACUCCAUCUUUCCCACCGAACGCAACACCAACACCUGGGCCACGGCCGCCAGAGGUCAGCGGGCGCAGCGCAACCGACCGCCCCGCCGCGGAGACGGACGUAGAAAGAGGCGACAAAGGCAGACAACCGCACCACCACCACCACCACCACCACCAC